AAUGUUGGACACGAGAAUGUUGGACUCGAGAAUGUUGGACACUCGAGAAUGUUGGACUCCAGAAUGUUGGACACGAGAAUGUUGGACUCGAGAAUGUUGGACACGAGAAUGUUGGACACGAGAGAAUGUUGGACACGAGAGAAUGUUGGACUCGAGAAUGUUGGACACGAGAAUGUUGGACACUCAAGAAUGUUGGACUUGAGAAUGUUGGACUCGAGAAUGUUGGACACGAUAGUGUUGGACUCGAGAAUGUUGGACACGAGAUUGUUGGACACGAGAAUAUUGGACACGAGAAUAUUGGACACGAGAAUGUUGGACACGAGAAUGUUGGACUCGAGAAUGUUGGACUCGAGAAUGUUGGACUCGAGAAUGUUGAACUCGAAAAUGUUGGACACUCGAGAAUGUUGGACACGAGAAUUUUGGACACGAGAAUGUUGGACUCGAGAAUGUUGGACACGAGAAUGUUGGACACGAGAAUGUUGGACACGAGAGAAUGUUGGACUCGAGAAUGUUGGACUCGAGAAUGUUGGACACUCAAGAAUGUUGGACUCGAGAAUGUUGGACUUGAGAAUAUUGGACGCGAGAAUGUUGGACACGAGAAUGUUGGACACGAGAAUAAUGUUGGACACGAGAAUGUUGGACUCGAGAAUGUUGGACACGAGAAUGUUGGACACGAGAAUGUUGGACUCGAAAAUGUUGGACACGAGAAUGUUGGACACACGAGAAUGUUCGACACGAUAAUGUUCGACUUGAGAAUGUUGGACUGGAGAAUGUUGGACUCGAGAAUGUUGGACUCGAGAAUGUUGGACUCGAGAAUGUUGGACACUCGAGAAUGUUGGACACUCGAAAAUGUUCGACACGAGAAUGUUGAACAUGAGAAUGUUGGACACGAGAAUAAUGUUGGACACGAGAAUGUUGGACUCGAAAAUGUUGGACACGAGAAUGUUGGACACACGAGAAUGUUCGACACGAUAAUGUUGGUCUUGAGAAUGUUGGACUGGAGAAUGUUGGACUCGAGAAUGUUGGACUCGAGAAUGUUGGACUCGAGAAUGUUGGACUCUAGAAUGUUGGACUCGAGAAUGUUGAACUCGAGAAUGUUGGACUCGAAAAAGUUGGACACUCGAGAAUGUUGGACACGGGAAUUUCGGACACGAGAAUGUUGGACUCGAGAAUGUUGGACACGAGAAUGUUGGACACACGAGAAUCUUGGACACGAUAAUGUUGGACUUGAGAAUGUUGGACUCGAGAAUGUUGGACUCGAGAAUGUUGGACUCGAGAAUGUUGGACUCGAGAAUGUUGGACUCGAGAAUGUUGGACUCGAGAAUAAUGUUGGACACGAUAAUGUUGGACUUGCGAAUGUUGGACUCGAGAAUGUUGGACUCGAGAAUGUUGGACACGAGAAUGUUGGACACGAGAAUGUUGGACUCGAAAAUGUUGGUCACGAGAAUGUUGGACACACGAGAAUGUUGGACACGAUAAUGUUGGACUUGAGAAUGUUGGACUCGAGAAUGUUGGACUCGAGAAUGUUGGACUCGAGAAUGUUGGACUCGAGAAUGUUGUACUCGAGAAUGUUGGACACUCGAGAAUGUUGGACACUCGAAUGUUGGACUCGAGAAUGUUGGACACGAGAAUGUUGGACACGAGAAUGUUGGACUAGAAAAUGUUGGACACGAGAAUGUUGGACACACGAGAAUGUUGGACACGAGAAUGUUGGACUUGCGAAUGUUGGACUCGAGAAUGUUGGACUCGAGAAUGUUGGACUCGAGAAUGUUGGACUCGAGAAAGUUGGACACUCGAGAAUGUUGGACUCGAGAAAGUUGGACACUCGAGAAUGUUGGACACUUGAAAAUGUUGGACACGAGAAUGUUGGACACGAGAAUGUUGGACACGAGAAUGUUGGACACGAGAAUGUUGGACACGAGAAUGUUGGACACGAGAAUGUUGGACACGAGAAUGUUGGACACGAGAAUGUUGGACAUGAGAAUGUUGGGCUCUCUAGAAUGUUGGACUCGAGAAUGUUGGACACGAGAAUGUUUGACACGAGAAUGUUGAAUGUUGGACUCGAGAAUCUUGGACACAAGAAUGUUGGACACGAGAAUGUUGGACUCGAGAAUAAUGAUGGACUCGAGAAUGUUGGACUCGAGAAUGUUGGAAUCGAGAAUGUUGGACACGAGAAUGUUGGACACGAGAAUGUUGGACUCGAGAAUGUUGGACACUCGAGAAUGUUGGACUCCAGAAUGUUGGACACGAGAAUGUUGGACUCGAGAAUGUUGGACACGAGAAUGUUGGACACGAGAGAAUGUUGGACACGAGAGAAUGUUGGACUCGAGAAUGUUGGACACGAGAAUGUUGGACACUCAAGAAUGUUGGACUUGAGAAUGUUGGACUCGAGAAUGUUGGACACGAUAGUGUUGGACUCGAGAAUGUUGGACACGAGAUUGUUGGACACGAGAAUAUUGGACACGAGAAUAUUGGACACGAGAAUGUUGGACACGAGAAUGUUGGACUCGAGAAUGUUGGACUCGAGAAUGUUGGACUCGAGAAUGUUGAACUCGAAAAUGUUGGACACUCGAGAAUGUUGGACACGAGAAUUUUGGACACGAGAAUGUUGGACUCGAGAAUGUUGGACACUCGAGAAUGUUGGACUCCAGAAUGUUGGACACUCGGGAAUGUUGGACUCUAGAAUGAUGGACUCGAGAAUGUUGGACUCGAGAAUGUUGGAAUCGAGAAUGUUGGACACGAGAAUGUUGGACACGAGAAUGUUGGACUCGAGAAUGUUGGACACUCGAGAAUGUUGGACUCCAGAAUGUUGGACACUCGAGAAUGUUGGACUCGAGAAUGUUGGACUCGAGAAUGUUGGACUCGAGAAUGUUGGACUCGAAAAUGUUGGACUCGAGAAUGUUGGACUCGAGAAUGUUGGACUCGAGAAUGUUGGACUCGAGAAUGUUGGACACGAGAAUGUUGGACACGAGAAUGUUGGACACGAGAAUGUUGGACUCGAGAAUGUUGGACACUCGAGAAUGUUGGACUCCAGAAUAAUGUUGGAAUCGAGAAUGUUGGACACGAGAAUGUUGGACACGAGAAUGUUGGACUCGAGAAUGUUGGACACUCGAGAAUGUUGGACUCCAGAAUGUUGGACACUCGAGAAUGUUGGACUCGAGAAUGUUGGACUCGAGAAUGUUGGACUCGAGAAUGUUGGACUCGAAAAUGUUGGACUCGAGAAUGUUGGACUCGAGAAUGUUGGACUCGAGAAUGUUGGACUCGAGAAUGUUGGACACGAGAAUGUUGGACACGAGAAUGUUGGACUCGAGAAUGUUGGACACUCGAGAAUGUUGGACUCCAGAAUAAUGUUGGAAUCGAGAAUGUUGGACACGAGAAUGUUGGACACGAGAAUGUUGGACUCGAGAAUGUUGGACACUCGAGAAUGUUGGACUCCAGAAUGUUGGACACUCGAGAAUGUUGGACUCGAGAAUGUUGGACUCGAGAAUGUUGGACUCGAGAAUGUUGGACUCGAAAAUGUUGGACUCGAGAAUGUUGGACUCGAGAAUGUUGGACUCGAGAAUGUUGGACUCGAGAAUGUUGGACACGAGAAUGUUGGACACGAGAAUGUUGGACACGAGAAUGUUGGACAUAUGAGAAUGUUGGACACGAGAAUGUUGGACUCGAGAAUGUUGGACAAGAGAAUGUUGGACACGAGAAUGUUGGACUCGAAAAUGUUGAAUGUUGGACUCGAGAAUGUUGGACUCGAGAAUGCUGGACCCGAGGAUGUUGGACACUCGAGAAUGUUGGACUCGAGAAUGUUGGACUCGAGAAUGUUGGACUCGAGAAUGUUGGACUCGAGAAUGUUGGACUCGAGAAUGUUUGACUCGAGAAUGUUGGACACGAGAAUGUUGGACACGAGAAUGUUGGACUCGAGAAUGUUUGACUCGAGAAUGUUGGACACGAGAAUGUUGGACACGAGAAUGUUGGACACGAGAAUGCUUUACUCGAGAAUGUUGGACUCGAGAAUGUUGGACUCAAAAAAGUUGGACACUCGAGAAUGUUGGAUACUCGAAAAUGUUGGACACGAGAAUGUUGGACACGAGAGUGUUGGACACGAGAAUGUUGGACACGAGAAUGUUGGACACGAGAAUGUUGGACACGAGAAUGUUGGACACACUAGAAUGUUGGACUCGAAAAUGUUGGACACGAGAAUGUUGGACACUAGAAUGUUGGACUCGAAAAUGUUGGACACGAGAAUGUUGGACACGAGAAUGUUGAAUGUUGGACUCGAGAAUGUUGGACACGAGAAUGUUGGACACUCGAGAAUGUUGGACUCGAGAAUGUUGGACUCGAAAAAAUUGGACACGAGAAUGUUGGACUCGAGAAUGUUGGACACGAGAAUGUUGGACACGAAAAUGUUGGAUACGAGAAUGUUGGACUCGAGAAUGUUGGACUCGAGAAUGUUGGACACUCGAGAAUGUUGGACUCGAGAAUGCUGGACCCGAGAAUGUUGGACACUCGAUAAUGUUGGACUCGAGAAUGUUGGACUCGGGAAUGUUGGACACGAGAAUGUUGGACACGAGAAUGUUGGACACAUGAGAAUGUUUGACACGAGAAUGUUGGACUCGAGAAUGUUGGACUCGAUAAUAUUGGACACGAGAAUGUUGGACACGAGAAUAUUGGGCACGAGAAUAUUGGACACUCGAGAAUGUUGGACACUCGAGAUUAUUGGACUCGAGAAUGUUGGACACGAGAAUAUUGGACACGAGAAUAUUGGACACACGAGAAUAAUGUUGGACUCGAGAAUGUUGGACACGAGAAUGUUGGACACAAGAAUGUUGGACUCGAGAAUGUUGGACUCGAGAAUGUUGGACACUCGAGAAUGCUGGACUCGAGAAUGCUGGACCCGAGAAUGUUGGACACUCGAUAAUGUUGGACUCGAGAAUGUUGGACUCGGGAAUGUUGGACUCGAGAAUGUGGGACACGAGAAUGUUGGACACACGAGAAUGUUGGACACGAGAAUGUUGGACUUGAGAAUGUUGGAUUCGAGAAUGUUGGACUCGACAAUGUUGGACACUCAAGAAUGUUGGACACUCGAAAAUGUUGGACACGAGAAUGUUGGACACGAGAAUGUUGGACUCGAGAAUGUUGGACUCGAGAAUGUUGGACACGAGAAUGUUGGACACGAGAAUAUUGGGCACGAGAAUAUUGGACACUCGAGAAUGUUGGACACUCGAGAAUAUUGGACUCGAGAAUGUUGGACACGAGAAUAUUGGACACGAGAAUAUUGGACACUCGAGAAUGUUGGACACUCGGGAAUAUUGGACUCGAGAAUGUUGGACUCGAGAAUGUUGGACUCGAGAAUGUUGGACUCGAGAAUGUUGAACUCGAGAAUGUUGGACUCGAGAAUGUUGGACUCGAGAUUGUUGGUCUCGAGAAUAUUGGACACGAGAAUGUUGGACUCGAGAAUGUUGGACCCGAGAAUGUUGGACACGAUAAUGUUGGACACGAGAAAAUGUUGGACACUCGAGAAUGUUGGACUCGAGAAUGUUGGACUCGAGAAUGUUGGACUCGAGAAUGUUGGACACGAGAAUGUUGGACACGAGAAUGUUGGACAAAAGAAUAAUGUUGGACACGAGAAUGUUGGACACGAGAAUGUUGGACACGAGAAUGUUGGUCACGAGAAUGUUGGACUCGAGAAUGUUGGACACGAGAAUGCUAUGUUGGACUCGAGAAUGUUGGACUCGAGAAUGUUGGACACGAGAAUGUUGGACACGAGAAUGUUGGACUCGAGAAUGUUGGACUCGAGAAUGUUGGACUCGAGAAUGUUGGACACUCGAGAAUGUUGGACACUCGAAAAUGUUGGACACGAGAAUGUUGGACACGAGAAUGUUGGACACGAGAAUGUUGGACACGAGAUUGUUGGACUCGUGAAUGUUGGACUCGAGAAUGUUGGACACGAGAAUGUUGGACUCGAAACCCCGAGAAAAAAAUAUCUCCAAGCUCAUCAGCACAGCAGCGCGUACAAAUUCCUACGCUUGCCUUCACAUCUGCAGAAAGUCUACCUGACGCUCUCGCUGACGCUGGUCGUCGCGUCGCUAGGCGCGUACGCGCACGUGCUGUGGGGGCUCGGCGGCGCGCUCUCGUCGAUAGCAUCUAUCGCGGGAGAGCUUUGGCUCAACGCCACUUCCGCCGUUCCCGCUAACGAGUCGUUUCGCUUUCGCCUGCUUCUCGCCAUCGCCUUCUCGCACGGCUGCUCCAUCGGCCCACUCGUCGAUGCUGUUAUUCAAAUCAUCCCCUGUCUGCUAGUCACAGCAUUCGUCGCAACAGCAGCCAUCUUCCUGUGCUUCUCAGGAGUGGCGCUGCUGGCUAAGCGCAGGGAGUACCUCUACCUGGGGGGCUUCCUCGCCUCUGCCGGUCUCCUGGUGUUCGCAGGCCACAUCAUGUACGACACACAGGUGCUGCUGGAGAAGGCGGGUGUGCCUGCUGAAAUCGCUCCCUUGCUACAUAUCUCACACGUUCUUUCAACCCCUUUCCCACCCCCUCUCCCACACCCUCUUCCACCUCCUCUUUCGCACAGCUGCCUGCUGGUAUUCGCUGGCUAUAUCGUCUACGACACGCAGGUGCUGCUGGAGAGGGCGAGGCAGGGCCAGUGCGACCACGUGGUGGACGCCCUCGAGCUUCUUUUGGACUUUGUCGCCGUCUUCGUGCGCAUCCUCUUCAUCCUGACAAGGAAGGAGGAGAGGGAGGAGGAGCAGCGGGCAUCAUCCAAGCGCAGAACUGCUGCCAGCACCUCUCGCCGUUAA